CUGCAGCGUCUUGUUCACCGCUCGAGAAAGAUCCACGUAUGAAUUCAGAAAACGUCUCAUUAUAUCUACCCUCAUAAUGUUCAAAAAACCGCUCGGAAACACUAAGACCUCUGCUCCCCUUCGCAGCUCCGACCGGCGCAAGCUCAAGCAGCGCGUUGUGCAGACCUUUUCCCUCGACUCCGAUGCUGCCGAUAUCCUUGUGCCCGAUGGGAUCCUCGCAAUGAAAUACAGCACACAUACUGGAGAGAAUGGUAUGCUGUACCUCUCGCCCGAUAGCAUGCGCAAUCCGCUCUGGUUCACCGUUGGAAAGGGUACAGAUGAAUUGGUGCCGACAGUGUACACUCUUUGGAAACACCCUACUCUCCUCCCUACCCUGUCCACGCCAUCGGCUGUUAUACCGAUUCUUAUUGGCGGCGCAGACCUUAUGAUUCCUGGAGUCGUCCACAUUCCACAUACCCAAUCUCUGCAACGAAAUGCGCUCGUUUCCAUCACGCAAUAUCAGCGCUCUCUCAAUGUACGUGGACCGCCACUCGCAGUUGGACGUAUGGCACUCGAUGCCGCUGUGCUCGCGGAAUCCACAAGCGAGGAUAAGAAGGGACGCGCAGUAUACGUUCUGCAUACGUGGAAGGACCAUCUAUGGGCCAUGGGAAAAGGAGGAGACGUACCGCCAGCCGUCGAGGUUGCGGCCGAGUUGGAAUCUAAUGAUAGACCUAUUAACACUGAUCCCACUUCCUCACUAUCCACUCCCUCUGAUCCUCUCGUGCACACGUUAUCGCCUGAAGAAGUAUCCACUCUCCUUCGUACCGCGCUCCUGCAGGCCCUCGCAACGGCUUUGUCCAAACUCCCAUCAUCAGCGUUUCCGAUAUCAGCGACGACGUUUUACACGAGCUAUAUUCUGCCUUUCCGGCCUGUGAACCCAAGCUCGGAAUCUGUAGCAUCCUCGUCCACACCCGCCGCCUCAAUGAUGUCGGCGCAAACCUCACCGCAGACGCCGAUCGAUAUCAAGCACUCUUCCCACAAGUCGCUCUCUCACUUUCUCCGCACAUCCGAGCGCGCUGGUCUACUCCGCCUCAAAGAUGCGCGGCCCGAUGCUGCGGUGAUUUCUGUAAAUCCCGCACACGCAGAUGUGCUCGCGCACAAGAAGUAUCGCACGGUGAAAGACACGGAAGAGAAGAAGAAACGGACGGAGGCAAGGGUGAAGGAGAACACGAACACGGGUGGCGAUAUUCAAGUUGAGAGGCUGUGGAGACCUAUGGGUGCCGGCGUGAAAUUGUUCGAGGGUGCAGGGUUGUCAACUAGCACCCUAUAUACCCGCACGGACCUCAAGGACUUCCUGUCUUCAUAUUUCACAGCCCACGAUCUUGUUAGCCAUGUCGACCAACAAUACAUCGACACACACGCUGAUGCCGCUUUACGCGCUGUGUUAUCAUCCAAGCCGCUCGCCGGCUCUGCCUCUGUGUCAGCAUCCAAUCAGUCAAGCAUUGGCACUGGAGAGUGGGUGCGGCGUGAUGACGUCAUAGACGGACUGUGUGCUCGGAUGCAGGCGUGGUACCGUAUUGAAAAAGAGGGCGAGGAGCCGAUUACACGUAAAGGGAUCGUGCGGCCCAUAUCGGUGAUUGUCAAAGCCCGUAGAAACAAGGCGGUCACUCUUAUCAUGGGCGUCGAGCCAUUCUUGCUCUCCCCGACCGCAAUCGCGGAUGCACUGCGUGCUCGAUGUCAGUCGUCGACUUCAGUGAGCCCCGCACCCGAUCGCAAAGAAGGUGAAGAGGUGAUGGUUCAAGGAAAACAAAGCAAGGUUGCGUUGGAUAUCUUGCUUGCACACGGCGUGCCAAAACGUUGGAUUGAGGUGGCUGACAUGAUGGAUGGUAAAAAGAAAAAAUAA